GCCGCGCCGCCACAAAUUGUGCAGCACUAGCAAGAAGCAGUUUAGUUACGUUUACUCCGUGCAGGCGCGUUAAAAUUGUAUUAAAAAGGCAAAAAGCGAGCGUUUCAGGCACUUAAAAUACUUGUAAAUCUUGGCUUAAAUUAUUUCGCAUAAUUAGUGAGAAAAUAGGCGGUUUUUUUCGUUCUCUAGCUCGCAAAAUCGGCAUUUGUAAACUUGCUUGUUCACGGUAUGCGAAGCGUGGCUGUGUCGAGUUACCUGUAAUUGUAGUUGUGUGCGCCUGUGAGAGAUUGGAGUAAACUCGCCAGCAAAGUCUGCAGUUUGGAAAGAUACAGCAAUUGCGAAAUACUUGAAGAUACUACUACAUCAUCUACUAAACAAUGUCGGAGGCAACAGUGGCCCAAAAGCCAGAGGUGGUGGAAAUAGAAGAGGGGGACGACAAGAAGACACCCAAGCGCACUCCCAAACGCCGCUCGUUCAUUGAGCGGGCGCAGCAGGAAAGCGAGGAGCUGGUGCGGACGAUGGGAGGCAGUCUGGAGUUGGCUGGAGGACGGCGGACGCGGUCCAGCACCCGAGGAACACCGACAAGGACCACGGAGACGGUGACGCCGCCGCCCAGCAAGAAGGCGCGCACAUCGCCAGCCUCGGCCACCAAGGCCAGCGCUGGAAAGGGACGCGGAGCACGCAAGCUGGAUGUGGGCGGUGAUGAUCCCGAACAAGAGCCGGAAAAGGUACAGACACCGGUCAAAGGAAAGGCCGCUACCAAGAAGGAGAAGAAGGAAGCAAAGAAGGAGGAAAAGGCGGAUGAACUAGAGGAGACGGAGAAAGAGGUCACUGAGCCAAAGGAGGAGGUCGCCAAGCCAGCCGAGACCGAAGACCAGCCGGAUGCUGUGCCUGCACUGGCGGAGGAAAAGCAGAACCAUGUCGAUGAAGUCAAACCAAGCACUGAACAGCCCGAGAAGUCAGCCGUAGAGGUGCCAAAACUCGAAGAGCCCACCAGCGAGGAUGCCUCUGAAAACGGUGCCGCCACAGACACCCCCGCUGCCCCCGAAGCGCCUGUUUCCGCCAUGGAUGUGGACGAAGAGGAGCCGGCUGUUGAAAGCACCCCUUUAGCUGCUAAGGAAUCUAAAAAAGUGGAUGAAAAGAAAUCAGAAAAGGCCGAGGAACCUACAGCAUCAGUUGUGGAGGAACCAAAGGUGCAAGCCGAGCCGGUCAAGGAAGCCUCACCAGAGCCCAUGGAGGUGGAUGCGAGUUCGAAGAGCAGUUCGGACACAGCUCAAGUAGAGACACCAGCCACCGAGGAGGUUUCCGCUCCUGAGCCAGAAGUAGCAGAAUCAAGCAAUGAUGUGGAGGAAGUGGCCACAGAGGUUAAGGAAACGGUACCUGAAGUCCCUGCUUCCGAAACCAAGGAAGAAGAAUCUGCGGAAGAGCCCAAGGAGUCUAGCAUACCGGUGACCGAGCCCAAGGAAGCCGACAGCAGCAAAGAGACCAAGGAGAUCUUGAGUUCUGCGGAACCCAAGGACGUGCAUAGCACUACGGAUGAGAGUGCCACGCCCGUUGUCGCCGAGGAUGCCGCCACCCCCACCACUAAUGAUGUCAGCAAGCCCGUCGGAACAGAUGCCACAGUGGGGAAGGCCGCGGAGAGUCCUGCUAAGGAGCCACAGGUCGUUAGCGAGGUCAAAAAGGCCGAAAUCAAUGUUAAUGGUGAGCCCAAGAUCGUCAACAGUUCCGCCGAAGUGGGCGAGAAUGUAACGCCAAAGGUCUGUAACUAGACCUAUUACACCACCGAUGGACAAUCAACAACUUCAAUGCGUUGCGGAUGUGUACAAAAAGCAUCUUCAACUCGCCCGCCGAGUUGGUCUGGAUGUUGCCAACUACAUGCAAACAUUUAAGAGUUCCCCCAAAUCACACAGCUACGAUUUUCUUUUUUAAUUGAUCACUUGAUUUCGUACACAAAAAAUACCUUCAUUUUGAUGAUAGUUUCGUGUCUUCCAGUAAUUGGUUGACGCGAGGGACGCCAUAGGUUGCAAUCGAUGCUGGACUUUCAAUGUUGCACUGUGUGCGUCAGCUAGACAGACAAGCAAAACAUGUAGGCAGUAGUUCCAAUCCCCAAACCACCAACCCACCCACACCCUCUUCCCCACAAAUACACAGCCAGAUUGUAAAAUUCAUCUUAAUAUAAUAUGUAUGUGGAUAAUUAAUCAAAUUGGAAUCAAACAAAUUAUACAUUGACGGAAAUGUAUGUAAAAUAGAUGUUUUUAAAUUUUAAGACAUAAUAUCCUUAAUUCUAAAACCAAUUGGACAAAACUCAAAACAUAAGCGACUAAAACGCGGAAAGAUUUUAACCAUUGUAACGCAAUACAAAUGAUCUGCGGCUUUAAGAUACGCCUAUGCAUGACUUUCACACAUUUUCAAUAUUUUUCACGUUUUUUUAAGCAUUUAGUCUCUGAUUUUUAAAGAGCCGAUUUGCAAUCGGUGACUACGGAUGAGCUCAUUGGGAACUGUUGUGCUAGGUAAAGGUCCCUUCCACGCGAUCACUCCUAACCGAAUUCGUAAAUACAUGAUAGAGUAAAGAUUUAACUUUUUCAAUGAAAAAACGAAAAACACAAAUUCUAAUAAUAAUAAUAAUGAUAAUAUAACAUAUAAUUACAGCAAAAGCGUAAAUUAGUUUUGGAAGCCGUUGCAACUGAAAUGAUAAGUCAGACCGUUUUUGUAUGUAGCUUAUCUUCUGUAUAAGGCAUUCUUCAUUUGAAUAUUCUUUUGUAAAUAAAUCUUAAAAAAUACAAGAGAAAA